AUGGGCGGUCGUCCGUGGAGAAAGGUCCAGAGGCGGCCAUGGCUCUGUAUUUGCAGCGCCUGCGUCGCAGCCUGCCUCAUCUCUGUCGUCCUGGCCCUAGGGCAAGCUUUUGCCGUGCCGCAAAGUGGGCGAAGUGAGGCCAGUGAAGGCCUGCGCCCCAGCCUUGCGGGCCUUGUAGGCCCUGCGGGCCCUGGACGCGUUUCGAGGGUCUCGGUGCUCGCUGAGCCUGAAGAGAGCAGCGCGAACAGCUCUGGUAGCACGGUGGCUCUGGCUGAGCCAGAGCGGUCUCGAGCCGUGCAAGUUUGGGGUGUGCUUGGGGUGGCAGCAUACUUGUCCUACGGUGUGAAGAAGGUAGUUCCCAUUGUGCACAAUGGUAUCGCAAGCAUCACCACGCCCUGGCAGUGGCUUAUGCUCGCAGCUACGCUAGGCUUCUUUGCAUACGUGGAGGGCUACCGGGGAUUCCAGAAGGGCUUCUGUCCGCGUGUUGUUAGCCGCGCCUGGGCAGUGUCUGAGAAGUUUCCGGAGGUCUCAACAAGGGACCUACUGAAGCGUUACGGCGCCGCAUACUUGGCGUCCUCAAUUUCAUUGUCCAUUUGCUCCUACACGCUGUUCUAUGAGCUGGUCAAGCGCGGCCUUGACGUCGCGGGCGCCUUAGCAGCUCUUGGCAUCAACGUGCCCAACAGCAAGUACUACGGGGCGGCCGCGUUGGCCUAUGCGCUGCACAAGGCGGCGUCUCCUAUUCGUUUUCCUCCGACGCUGCUGUUGACUCAGUUUGUGGCCCGACUCAUGGGAAAGGACGUCUCUUCAACACAGAAAGCUACAGCUACGGUCUUUCACAAGCUCUUUGCCCCAGCCUUCUGCAUUGGCUAUUUCCAUGGGACGCGAAAGCGUGUAAUUUCCAGUUGGUGUGUAACAACCACCAUCUUCUUCGUGGUUGUCUUCGUGCGGAAGCUCCCAAAUCCGUACCGGGCCAUCCUCGAUGCUGGCGUGAUCGUGGGCCUGUUAUGGGGGACCGUGUCGGUCCUGCUCCUCUUUGCCAGGCUGUUACAAGGUGGCUUACUGUGCUUGAUCUGUCAGAUCCGGGCCGUAAGUCCCUCGGGGCCCCUGUUCCUGGCGGGCCACUCCUUUGGCGCCACCGUCUGCUUGGAGAUGGCGCGCCAGGCCCAGGCUUCGGGGAUCUCUGUGGCUCUGGUGGCGCUGCUAGACCCGCGGACGCUGCUGCCCCUGACAGAAGCAGGAACUCUCUUCGAGGAAUGUGGCCUCCUCGAGACCGUGGCCAUGCUCUCUCAGAGCGUAGCCGAUGGAGCUCGCUAUGCCUCGCUGGUCGAGGACGCCUCCACUUCCGGCCGCGAUGUGCGCGAGCACCUUGGCGCAGCCACCCAAGUCCUGGAGCACGUGCACGAGACCUUCCGAUGGUAUGCAAACCUGCUGGCCACUGCUACCUGGCCGGAGGCAGAGACUUUGCAGACCAGGUUGCUGUGGGUCCGGGCAAGGGAAGCUUGGCGCGGGCGUUCGCCUGUGGGCCAGGCGGAGAAGAUUGUUCAACGCGUGCAGGAGCAAAUCUUUCAGGAGGAUGCACGGGUGGCACAGCACCUGGCAGCUGUUGGGGAAGUGGAGGCCCCAGUGAAGGCUGCAGGCGAUCACUUUGCCAUGCUACAUGAGCCGCACGUGUCCUCGCUGGCGAUGCGGCUUUGCCAUGCCAUGGUGGAGGCCCAAAACCAGGACGACGAUGCCGAAGCUGAAGUGAGCUAA